UUUGGAUUUAAAGCCACCUUUACAGAAAAAAAAAAAAUUGCGAUCCUUUCCUAGUCGAAAGACACAAUAAUGACUCAACAUGACUUUAAAAAAAAAAAGAAAACUAUAAACCCUUUUCAUCAAGAAUGUUUCUAAUAAAAAAAAGGGCUGGCGUCACAACAUUUCAUGAGGGCAGGACAAGUCUAAGUGAAUAAGGAAUGGGAGCAAACGGGAAAUAAAACUGCCGAUAGCUGGAGUUCAAAAAGAAUAUAAUGCAGGAAAUAAAAAUUUUCUGUAUGAAAGGGUAUAUAAACGUCACCGUUCUUUUCUCAAUUCUACUUUCUUUUUUUUUUUCAACAGCAACAGACUGCGAACCAAUGAUGACAAAGGAAGAAAAGCAGAAUGUAACACCCAUAGUGACACUGAAUGGUGAUGAUCACCCAUUGACUACAGAAGAACCAUUUCAUUCGGAUGAAUUAGAGAAAAAAUUCAAAGACAUGAAUUUGCCUCAUCCGGAAGAUAAAAAGAUACCACCUGCCGUUAUUAUCGAAAAGGAAGAUCCAAAUAAACUUAUUUUGCCUGAGCCAGUGCCUAAUGUGGCAAAACCAAAUGAAGAGGAUGAGGAAGAGGACGUGAUGGACGACGAACUCUAUAGGAUCACAGAAUCCAAUCGAUACAUUCCUUAUGAAGAAAUACUUCCGCCGCCUAUUUUAGGAAGAGUUAAAUCACUUCGAAGUCAAGACGUGGAUAUCAGAAGACACCUAUUGGUGUUUGCAGAUAAGCCAAGUAUCACAAGGAAAUCGGAUCGGAUCAUUGUAAGAAAUCAAUACGGAGCUGGACCGGACGGUAAAUUGGCUGACAACCUAAAACCGAAAAGAAAGCAACGAUCCUACCUCGUUGCUUGUGAUUUCAGUGACGAAAGUUUUAAUGCUAUCGAAUGGACUAUGGGCACGAUGAUGCGUGAUGGUGACCAUCUUCAUAUUGUUACUGCAGUCAAUAGAGAAGAUAAUCCAGACACUGUGAAACAGGCGGGACUAUCUUUAUCAAAAGAGCUGGACAAAGCAUCUGAAGCAGUAACAGAAGAAGCUAAAAAGACACUUGGACAAAUGUUGUUAUUUGAUGUUACCUUGACUACAUACGCUAUUUGUGGAAGAGUCAAAGACGUCUUGACGCAGCUGAUCACCGAAUUAUCCUUGACAAUGGUUGUCUGUGGAAGUAGAGGUCGAGGCACAAUGAAAGGACUAUUUAUGGGUUCUGUUUCAACUUAUCUUGUACACAAAUCACCAGUUCCUGUUACGGUGAUUAAACCUCAGAAAAAGAAAAAGGCAACAGAAAAGAAGAAAGUCAAGGCCGCACCAUUGAGUGAGAGUAUGCAAACAGGCCAAUUGGCAGUAGAUGAACUAAGUACAAAGGCAGCAAAAUAAUCUAUUAUUAUUCAUCCACCGGAAGAUCCAUUUCUUCAUCCACAAAAUGUUCACUCAUCAUCGGUCCAGU